AGACCGCCAUUUUGUGUUAGGCCCACUCUUGCAAAGCGGGAGAAAAUUAUUAGCGAGGCGCUCAACACGUACGGACGUUUACAGCAGGAUUGAAGGAAGCACCCGCGGACUGUGGGCACCAGAGUGAAUAUAACAGGGAAAAGAAGCACUCGAGAGUGUCGGUUGGCCUGUCGCCAUGGAAGGCGAGGCUGUGUCCAUGGAUGCCACUCAGGCUGCGGAUGGAAAGGUCCUGUCUGAGGGAGGAGAGACCUUGAUCCAGGGGGUGACCAUAGCGCCACAAGGGGAAGUGACUGGUAACAUGGAGAUGAUGGUGAUGGACGCUCUCGACCCCACUCUGCUACAAAUGAAGACCGAGGUGUUGGAGGGUGGCAGCACGGUGACGGUUACUGGUGGAGACGAGGGUCAGAUCAUCACGCUACAGGUUGUGAAUAUGGAAGAGCAGACUGGGGCUGCGUUAGGUCUUGGCCAGCUUCAGUUGGUGCAGGUACCCGUAACAGGGACUGUAGAGGGCCUGCAGGCGACCUAUGUUGAUGCAACAGCUCACAAGGAUUCAGAUCCGGUUAUUUGUCACACUCUUCCCUUGCCAGAGGGCUUCCAGGUGGUGAAAGUGGGCGCUAACGGUGAAGUGGAGACUGUAGAGCAGGAGGAGCUUCAGGCAGCCCACCAAGAGCUUCAAGGGACAGUGGGAGAAGAGGGGGAGGGAGGAGAAGAGGCUAUCGAAGCCCCUGUGACUCAAGAAGACCCAGAAUGGACCAAGGACCCUGACUACCAGCCCAUCAACUCCAUCCGCAAAGGAAAGAAGGGAAAGAAAAGCCGCCUGCGCUAUGGGGAGGGCGAUCGUGACAUGGACGUGUCUGUGUACGACUUCGAGGAGGAGCAGCAGGAGGGGCUGCUGUCGGAGGUGAAUGCUGAGAAAGUCGUGGGCAACAUGAAACCACCAAAGCCCACCAAGAUCAAGAAGAAAGGUGUGAAGAAGACUUUCCAGUGCGAGCUGUGUAGCUACACCUGCCCACGGCGCUCCAACCUCGACAGACACAUGAAGAGCCACACAGACGAGAGGCCGCAUAAAUGUCACUUGUGUGGACGGGCCUUCAGAACAGUCACACUGCUGAGAAACCACCUGAACACACACACAGGCACUCGGCCACAUAAAUGCACAGACUGUGAUAUGGCCUUUGUGACCAGUGGUGAAUUGGUGCGUCAUCGCCGCUACAAACACACGCACGAGAAGCCCUUCAAAUGUUCCAUGUGUGACUACUGCAGUGUAGAGGUGAGUAAGCUGAAAAGGCACAUCCGCUCGCACACAGGAGAGCGACCCUUCCAGUGCAGUCUGUGCAGCUACGCCAGCAGAGACACUUACAAGCUGAAGAGGCACAUGAGGACACAUUCAGGUGAGAAGCCAUACGAGUGCUACAUCUGCCAUGCCCGGUUCACACAGAGCGGCACCAUGAAGAUGCAUAUUCUGCAGAAACACACAGAGAACGUGGCCAAGUUCCACUGCCCGCACUGUGAUACUGUCAUCGCACGCAAAAGUGACCUUGGUGUCCACUUGCGGAAGCAGCACUCCUUCAUUGAGAAGGGAAAGAAAUGUCGUUACUGUGAUGCUGUGUUUCAUGAGCGAUACGCUCUGAUCCAACACCAGAAGACUCACAAGAACGAGAAACGUUUUAAAUGCGAACAGUGUGAUUACUGCUGCAGACAGGAACGCCACAUGAUAAUGCACAAGCGCACACACACAGGGGAGAAGCCAUUUUCUUGCAGCCAGUGUGAUAAAACCUUCCGACAGAAGCAGCUUCUGGACAUGCACUUCAAGCGCUACCACGAUCCAAACUUUGUCCCCACCGCCUUCGUCUGCAACAAGUGCACCAGGGCAUUCACCCGCCGGAACACUAUGCUGCGCCAUGCUGACAGCUGCACGGGUGAAGCCGUUGGAGAAGAGAAUGGAAGUCCCUCACCCUCACCCAAGAAGGGUCGCCGUGGCAGGAAGAGGAAGAUGCAGUCGAGGGGGGAAGACGGUGAAGAUGACACAGAGCAAGAAUUGGACGAAGCAGAGGAGGAAGACGAUAUUUUAGAUGAGAUGGAUGUUGAACAGGCCCCACCAGUGGUCCCUAUCCCGGCCCCUGUGGAGCCACCAGUCAAGAGGAAACGUGGACGACCCCCAAAGAGCAAACCAGAUACGGCUGCUAUCAUCCGUGUGGAGGACGAGGUUACAGGAGAGGUGGAUGACAUUAUCGUGAAGAAGGAGGUGGGAGCCGAGGCAGACGAGCUGGAGGCCGAGGAGGUGGUGGUGGGUGGAGGGAAGACCACCAUUCAAAUGGAGGAACUGUCCCAGGAAGAUGAGGAGGAGGCGGUGGCGGCGGUGGCACAGGAAGAGCCGCUGUCUGAGGCCCCGCCUAACGGAGAUCUGACCCCUGAGAUGAUCCUCAGCAUGAUGGACCGGUGAUGGAAGAGAGGGUUGAACCUUUAAAAAAAACCACACAGACCCUUGAUCCUAUUUUAAUUCUCAACAUGUAGGAUGACUAACACCUUCAGUCCGCAGCAGAAAACAAACAUCACUCUUGUAAUUUAAGAUUUGCUUUUUAAUCAUGUAAUGAUAGUUAAAUGAUGAAAAAAAGACUUUUACUAUGAAUUUUCCUACCAAAAAAAAAUGCAAUUUAGUAUAUCAUAGUGUGGAGUGGCUGUAAUUGACUGCAGUAUCUUUGGCUCUUAAUUGUUGCAACCAUUGUUAAUAAGCUUUGUUGUGGUUAGAAGCAGCUCUGCUUCAUUAUCUACAUGACAUUUCCUCUGGCUAGAUAUCUGCAAAAUAGUCAACUAAAUGUUUCAUCAUAGUAGAUGAGUCCUCCCUGAAUCUAGAGUGUGCACGUGACAUUAAAAAAAAAACCUACUUAAGUUUUUAACUCAUCUUCCUCAGCCCUAUCUUUUUAUGUCCUUCAUUUGUGUGCUAUUGGGUUGAAUUUGUAAGUCGGGGAAAUGGCUUUCCUUUUUGCCAUUAUUACUGUCAAUGAUUGAAAUCCUCACUGAAGAGCAUCUUGUAUCUCUCAGUCUGGAGACUAUUAUUGGUUCCUUGGAGCAGAAGAAGAUACAGGGGGAAAUUAUAAACCUGAUUAAGAUACAAAUAAGGUUGCUCAUACGUCGUCAUGUCAAAGCUUACGGGAAAAAAGGCAACUUUCUGAGAGAUUAAACUGCCAUUAAUCACAGCCACUUCCAAUAUUUUUAAAGAGAAAUAUUUUGAAUAUCUUUAUAUUUUGGUUCCUUUAUUGGUGUUAGUAAAUCCCUUUUUUUAAAAACAUAUUUUAGUUUAAAUCUCAGUAAUAGUGUUGCUUAUUGUAUGCUUGUCUCUUGCUUUAGUGACAUCUAGAUGAUGAUGCUGAUGUCUGUAACAUGGUCAGGAGUGCAAGGAAAGAAAUUUUGUUUUUUGCUCCUUUUGUGUAGCCAUUCCACCUUGGGUUUUUUCUUUUUGUACCAUUGUCAAUGCAAUGCUUUAUAGCUUGAAUGACAUUUUAACUGUGUGACUAAAAAAUGUAUGGCUGUACAAGAAAUAAAAAUAGACAUUGAUGCUGACAUUUAA